AUGGAGCUGGCUCUGCAGCAGAUCGUCUACGAAGAGCAGGCCAAGAUGAAGGCAUUGGGCUUUGUGGAAGCGUUCAUUGGCACGAACGAAGCGAAAUGCAGCAUCUUCCUCUCGUCGCAGUGGGAGCGCGUUGGGCGCCUCCUUCUCAUCAUCGUGAGCGGCAACGGGAUCCAGCCUGGCAUCUGGAGCCGCUCGUUGGUCAUGGAGCCGCAUGAUACGAGCCGCCAGUACUACCGGUCUGGCUCCAUGCUACCGUACUUGCACAAGGCCAUCUCGCUCGGAUAUGGCGUCAUUGUGACCAACCCGAGCACGAACAUGGUCAUUACCAACCAAAACGAAAAGAUCCCGAUCCCGGGCUCGAGCAACCCGGAGGAGCACGUGCGGUACGUCAUCCGCGCCUACGCGCUU